AUGGCACCUAAAGCAUUAGACUAUGAUUCGUUGAAUGAAAAUGUCAAGAAGGUUCAGUAUGCUGUUAGAGGCGAGUUGUAUCUUCGAGCUUCUGAGCUUCAGAAGGAAGGGAAGAAGAUUAUUUUCACAAAUGUCGGCAAUCCUCAUGCCCUUGGACAGAAGCCACUUACCUUUCCUCGCCAGGUGAUUGCUCUCUGCCAAGCUCCAUUUCUGCUAGAUGAUCCAAAUGUAGGGUUGCUAUUCCCUGCGGAUGCGAUUGCAAGAGCUAAACAUUAUCUUGCUAUGACUUCUGGUGGUCUAGGUGCUUACAGUGACUCCCGAGGUAUGCCAGGAGUUAGAAAGGAGGUAGCAAAUUUCAUUGAAAGGCGUGAUGGAUAUCCAAGUGACCCAGAAGUCAUAUUUCUCACUGAUGGUGCCAGCAAAGGUGUUAUGCAGAUCUUGAAUACUAUUAUCCGUGGUGAAGGUGAUGGGGUUUUGGUUCCAGUCCCACAAUACCCACUUUACUCUGCUGCAAUUUCUCUAUUUGGCGGUUCCCUUGUUCCAUAUUAUCUAGAAGAGACGGCAAACUGGGGUCUUGAUGUUAAUCAACUGAGACAGUCAGUUGCACAAGCUCACUCUAAAGGAAUAACUGUAAGAGCAAUGGUGAUUAUUAACCCAGGCAACCCCACUGGUCAGUGUCUCAGCGAAGCUAACUUAAGGGAAAUAUUGCACUACUGUUACCAAGAAAACCUGGUCCUUCUUGGAGAUGAAGUUUAUCAGCAGAACAUUUACCAGGAUGAGCGUCCAUUUAUUAGUGCUAGAAAGGUUUUGAUGGGCAUGGGGCCACCCGUGAGCAAGGAAGUUCAGCUUGUUUCUUUCCACACUGUGUCCAAAGGAUAUUUUGGGGAAUGUGGGCAGCGGGGUGGAUACUUUGAGAUGACCAACAUUCCUCCUAAGACUGUUGAUGAGAUUUAUAAGGUUGCAUCAGUAUCACUCAGUCCAAAUGUCCCUGCACAGAUAUUUAUGGGGCUGAUGGUCAACCCGCUUAAACCUGGAGAUCUUUCAUAUGAGCAGUUCAUUAGGGAAAGCAAAGGAAUCAUUGAAUCCUUGAGGAGAAGAGCAAGGAUGAUGACUGAUGGAUUCAACAGUUGCAAAAAUGUGAUAUGCAAUUUCACAGAAGGUGCCAUGUAUUCAUUUCCUCAAAUAAGACUUCCACCUAAAGCAAUAGAGGCUGCCAAAAAGGCUGGAAAGGUUCCUGAUGUUUUCUACUGUCUUAAGCUUUUGGAAGCCACUGGCAUUUCCACAGUCCCUGGUUCAGGAUUUGGACAAAAAGAAGGGGUCUUCCAUCUAAGGACAACCAUUUUACCGGCGGAGGAAGAAAUGCCGGAAAUCAUGAGCAGUUUCAAGAAGUUCAACGAUGAGUUCAUGGAGCAAUAUGAUGACCACAGUGGUUAUUCAAGGUUGUAA